UAUUGGACUGUUGUAUUUUAUACAACAGAAAAACAUGUCUUGAAGUGUUUUAAAAUGCAUUUAUUGUAUGUCCGCCCAUACAAAUUUGAAUGGCUGUCUUGUAGAUCCCAGAGACUCAGGUCAUCGGGCUUGGCGCCGUGUAUCUUCACUCACUGAGCAAUGGCACUGGGCUUUAGAACCGUUUUCGUUAUAGAGGGAAAGUGUCAGCAAUGGGAUCUGGAAGUAGUACAUCCAAAGUGUGGAGGGUGUAGGCGUCAGUUGCCAUGGUUCCCGAUACCUCCCAGAUCACGUGAUUCCGGGCAACAUGGCGCUGUCCACUGUGGUGUCAGCCCACGUGGUUCCGGGACUGAAAAUGGCGGCGGUAGGCAGCCCAGGUUCGCUUGAGUCCGCUCCACGAAUCAUGCGGCUAGUCGCUGAGUGCAGUCGCUCCAGAGCUCGGGCCGGUGAGCUGCGGCUGCCGCAUGGAACGGUAGCCACCCCUGUGUUCAUGCCUGUGGGUACACAGGCCACCAUGAAGGGUAUCACCGCGGAGCAGCUGGACUCCCUGGGCUGCCGCAUCUGCUUGGGCAACACCUACCAUCUGGGGCUGAGGCCGGGUCCGGAGCUGAUCCAGAAAGCCCAGGGUCUUCACGGUUUCAUGAAUUGGCCCCACAAUCUGCUGACGGAUAGCGGCGGCUUCCAGAUGGUGUCUCUCAUCUCCUUGUCCGAGGUGACGGAGGAGGGCGUCCGCUUCCGCUCGCCCUAUGAUGGAGAAGAGACACUUUUGAGCCCAGAGAGGUCGGUGGAGAUCCAGAACGCUCUGGGCUCGGACAUCAUCAUGCAGUUGGACGAUGUGGUGAGCAGCACGGUGACAGGCCCUCGAGUGGAGGAGGCCAUGCACAGGUCAGUCCGCUGGCUGGACAGAUGCAUCGCAGCCCAUAAGCGUCAGGACAAGCAGAACCUCUUUGCCAUCAUCCAGGGCGGACUGAAUGCUGAUCUUCGGACCACUUGCCUGAAAGAGAUGACCAAGAGGGAUGUGCCGGGCUUUGCCAUUGGAGGUCUGAGCGGAGGAGAGAGCAAGGAGCAGUUCUGGAAGAUGGUGGCAUUGAGCACCUCCAUGCUGCCUAAGGACAAGCCACGCUACCUGAUGGGGGUUGGCUAUGCCACCGAUUUGGUGGUCUGCGUGGCCCUUGGAUGUGACAUGUUUGACUGUGUAUACCCCACACGGACAGCGCGUUUUGGAUCCGCCCUUGUGCCCACCGGGAACCUGCAGUUGAAGAAGCAGCAGUACGCCAAGGACUUCAGCCCCAUAAACCCCGAGUGUCCCUGUCCCACCUGCCAGACGCACAGCCGAGCCUUCUUGCAUGCCCUGCUGCACAGUGACAACACCGCAGCGCUGCACCACCUCACCGUGCACAACAUUGCCUAUCAGCUGCAGCUCCUGAGCGCCGUGCGCAGCAGUAUCUUGGAACAGCGCUUUCCCGACUUCGUACGGAACUUCAUGCGGACCAUGUAUGGUGACCACAGCCUCUGUCCUGCCUGGGCCAUUGAAGCACUGGCCUCUGUGGGAAUCACACUCACAUGACCUGGUUGCUGGGGAAGGACGCUGGGGUACAGGGAAUAUUGAAGGACUCUUUUUUACAAAAGAUUUUGUUACUACUUUUUGUUUUCAUUUAAGAUCUUGUGUCUUUU